AUGCCACACCCUGAUGAUGUUCAGUCCAAUCUCAACUUGCAAUUCGAAAAAAUGGAUGAGAUGUAUGCUAAUGAUGAUUUGAGAGUGUUUGGUCGUGAUACAAGUCGAAUUUUUAAAGAAGUCGAUGUGAUUCGACGAAAGCAGAUUGAACUAGCAACUGAACAUAUCAGUCUGGAGUCCAUUGAUGAUAUGUCACUGCCAGUGAUACAAACAUCAGGUGAUGUAGAAGAUGAAUACAAGCGAAAUCUCGUUUAUUUCAACAAGAAAGAGAUGGCAUUGAAGAGUCUGAUGAACAAGCUGGAUACACUGGGGCAGAUCAUGAACGAUUUUCGAGAGAGAUCCGACUUGAAUCCACAUACAAUGAGCCAUAUCCGAGAGGCGACGACAGCACCCACGUCUGCAACGCACAUGAGAAACAUGUCUGCUGCAAAUGCAUUGAAAAACGAAUACUAUUCCCAAAGAGCACAAGCAUCGUCGUCAUCAGCAUCAACGGCUGCUGCACAAAAUACCAAUGAUCAUCACAUCAAGUCUAGUAAUCCAAGAGAAUCGAUCUCUGUUUUAUCUUUUGAUCAAAGUCAAGUUUUGCAGAAAUAA